AUGAAAAUCGGGAAAAAAAUCGAGCAUUCUCGAUUUGUUCCUAUCAUUUUCGAGAAUAAUAUUAAAGAUUUUAGUAAUGUCAGCUUCGAAGAAAUAUCAAGUGCCCUUUAUGGCCAAGGAAAACUCACUUAUUUAAUUGUUUUUUCAACAGAACCAGUUAUAUUUCCUCCAUCGAGUGAGCAAAUCAUUGAAAAGCGCAAUAUCAUCGUCCAAAAUGAUUCAGUUAUUACAGAAACUUUAUUUACACAUUUUAAAUCUUUAAUUGUUUCAAUUUACGCUCAAAUUUUUGAUUCUAGAGUUAAUGGCUAUAUUGGCAUCGUAUCUGUUAAUUCAAGCGAUGUCUUAGGAUACUUUAUUGUUCGCUGGCUUAUAGAAGAGAAAUCUUUUUCAUAUGAUACAGCAAAUACGAUCUUUAAAGAGUCAGGCAUUCCAAUGAUUACUAAUGAAAAAUAUCUGAACCUACUCAAAGGCAUUUCCAACACAAGAACCGUUGUAAAUCAAAAAAUCCAUAAUCGUGGCGCAGAUUACAACAGUAUUCUUAAAAUUGUUGAGACAGGUGUUUACAGAACAAAUAGCCAAAUACAGCCAGCACCAAAUACCAUUAAAAACAAAACGUUUACGAAUUUUCAAAUUUUAUGUCGUGAAAUCAAUAUGAAACUUAAAUUACUACAAAAAUCAUUACCAAGCUUUAGUUGCAAGCUGAUUUCGAGGAAAUUCCUUGAAGAAGCCAAAAAAUCAAAAGAUUAUGUUGUUACUCUCAAUCCCUGUGGCACUCAUUCGAUUUUAUACGCAUCAGACAAUUUAGUACAAAUAGUAUGUGAUAACGAAUACAUAAUUACUACGAAUCUUUAUCUUCCUUCUCCAGAUAAUGAGAAUUUACUUGACAACUCAAUAUUUGAAGGAUAUUUCAUAGACAAAGAUGAAAUAGGCCAAGAUACAUUCGUUAUUUGUGAUGCAUUGAUGUUUAAUGGCCAAGAUUUGAGGUCAGAACCUUUAGAUAUAAGAAUUGGAUUCAUAAAUCAAUAUGUGUUUGGCGAAAGAGCCAAAGCCAUAAAUAAACUGGCCGGAGAAACAAUAAGAAUCAUGUUACGACCUUAUUUUCCACUAAAUAAUUUAUCAACAAUUUUACCAAGGCUUGAUCAGGUCGUUACCUAUCCAGUUUACAGUAUAUUGAUAGGACCAAUAACAUCCAGUUGGUGCCAGGACCAAAAUACCACGGAAUGGGUUUAUUGGAACAGAUAUUUGCCCCGACCAAUUAUAAGCUUGUCAGUUAACUUUACAUUGAAUGAAUUGUAUGGUCUGAUAUCGAUACAUGGCGGUCUCGUCAAAGCGAUGACUCUUGGUUCAUUAUCAAAAGAUUUGACACAAUUGGACGGCCAACUCGUACAGAUUGAGUUUGAUACAACGAAUAAGAGAUGGAAUCUCCUUAAUUUCGUUACUGACCAACAAGUUUGGACAUAUGACCAAUUCAGUAAAGAUUUUGCCACGGAUGAGCUUCCAAUAUCAAUGGAAGACUUACAAAGAAUAUCUUAUUCUUUCAGAUGA